AUGAUCGUUGCCAAUGUUCAACAUCGACGUGAUUCGUUGCCAACGAUCAAUACUUCAUCACGUCGACGUUGUUCACUACAAACAUCGUCUUUGAGUGAUGUACGACGAUCAUCAAUACCAGGAUUGACUAAUAAUGAUUUACUCAUGGAAAUUCCACCUGAAUUUAUUGUCAUGGGCAAAAUAUUGAGCAUUGAAAAACAUACAGAAUUGUUCAUCGGUGGUCGUCAUUUGUCUCGACCUCCACAUCCAAUUCGAGUACAACACGGUUUAUGUCUUGUCGAGGUACAUGACUCUUCAAAACAAUCAUCCAAUGAGAAUGACUCUCAAUCAGUGAUACAAAUCAAAAUCGAUUUAUGUCCGGAAUUUCUUCGCAAUGAACAGAAAAUUAUUAUUCGAGAAAAUUCAACGAUUCCUCUUGGAUCAUUAUCAGGCAAUUGGAUUGAUCUCUAUCGAGAUCAAAGUUCAGCACCGGUCAAUGAUGUUCUCAUCGAGAUUAAUUCAGCUGAUUUGAUUCGAGAUCGAACAAUUCUUGUACAGAAAAAUUAUACAUCGAUGAUCAAUGGAGAAGAAUUGAAUAAUGAACAAAAACGUCGUUUGAAUGAAAAUCCAUAUACAAAAUUGGAUCGAUUGAACUCGAAUAAUCUCAUGGAAAUAACUCUCAAAUUGGCUCCGGACUUGUUGUCUACCGGUAGAUCAUUCAUUAUCCGACAGGAACUCGCUUCUCCAUUAGCCAUCGAACUUCAACAACAUCAGCGUCGUCAUUCUCCUCUUAACUCCGAUCAAGAACAGACAAAACAUGAUGAUACCGAAACAACAAUGUCAAUCAAAAAAUUCAUGACGAAACGUGUAUGGAAUCCAUCAUUAUCAUCUGAUGAACGUCGAUUACAAUUUCGUGUUCCUUGUCUCAAUGCAACGAUGAAAACUCGACCCGAUCAAUAUCGAAUCAAGAUCGAUGAACAUCACCAUCAUCUACGUAUCGAAGUUUAUUUAGAACCGACUUAUAUUCGAUAUCGAGAAGUUAUGUUGCCUGUCUCAGCUCAACUAGAUCAACUUACGUGUAAUUUCGAUGAUGAAAUGACUUCUCUGAAUGUUUCUGUUCCUCUUCAGUGA